AUGUAUGUACCGCUGGUAGGCACGCUACUGCCGCUAUUAGCGCUGCAAUGUUCAGCUUCAUCCAUCAGAUCUCGCACACCAUACGCCCUCAAGAGCGAACAUCCCAUUCCCUCACAAUGGCGAAAGCUCGAUCGAGCUCCUGCUGAUCAUCAAGUUGAGCUUCGAAUCGGUUUGGUUCAAGCCAAAUUCCAGGAUCUCGAGCGAGAACUCUAUGAAGUAUCAUCUCCGUCCAGUCCUCGCUAUGGCAAGCACCUCGCACCAGGCGCCAUUCACCCAAUGAUUGCACCAGCAAAGGAUGCCCUCGACGACGUCCAUGAGUGGCUCGCAGACCACGGCAUUGGUGAUUUUAGCUACACGCCGGCCAGAGACUGGAUCAAGGUCAGCCUCCCCGUAGCCAAAAUUGAGAAGCUACUCGACACCGAAUAUCACACGUUCGUUCGUGACGAGGAUGGAGUCAGUGUCGUCCGCACUGGAGCAUGGUCACUGCCAAGGCACCUGCAUGAUCACAUCUCUACCAUCCAGCCGACGAACGCCUUCUUCCUGCCAAAACCACACGCCCCUGUCGACAAGCGUGAAAGCUAUGCGAUAGCCGGUCCUGCGCUCGAGAAUGCUCCGGAUGUUCCAGACGUCGGUGGAUCUGUUGAAUCAGUCUGCAAUGUUGAUUUAGUCACCCCAACUUGUGUCCGGACUCUGUACAAGACCAUCAACUACAAGGCACAGGCGGCUAACAAGAACCGGAUGGCCUUCACAAAUUACUUGGGCGAGGUUGACAUCCGGUCGGACGCACGCCUAAUGCUGGAGAGAUACCGCCCGGAGGCCGCGGGUGAAGCCGACACCUUCACCAAAAUUUCGAUCGAUGGCGGCGACACCUCAGAUGAGUUCAACGAGACGUUAUUAGAGAACGCCACGGGUUUGGAGGGCAACCUCGAUACGCAGGCUAUGAUCAGUAUUGGCUGGCCAACUCCCCUGACGACAUACUUUACAGGCGGCUCACCACCUUUCAACCCAGAUUUGUUCGCCUCUACCAACACCAACGAGCCCUAUCUCGCAUGGCUUGAUUAUAUUCUUGCUCAGCCAGAUCCACUCCCAUCCGUAAUUUCAACUUCGUAUGGUGACGACGAGCAAACGGUGCCCUACGAUUAUGCCAAGUCAGUUUGUGAUGGCUUCGCUCAGCUAGGUGCUCGCGGUGUAACUCUCUUCUUCAGCUCUGGUGAUAACGGCAUUGGCGCCGACGGCUAUUGUUUUAAGAACGACGAGCCGAACUCGCCACAGUUCCUGCCUGCCUUCCCAGCAUCCUGCCCAUAUGUAACGGCUGUAGGCGGUACUUACAAGGUCAACCCAGAGGUCGCCGUUAUCAGGGCUAGACCUGGGCGCCCGGUCUACACCGCUGGAGGUGGUUUCUCUGCCUACUUCCCGCGCCCGGGCUAUCAGAGCGAUGCUGUUGCCAAAUACAUCCAAAAUACUGUGGAUCCUCUGGGCUAUGAUGGCCUUUACUCACCUGGUGGGCGAGCAUACCCCGAUAUUGCUGGACAGGCGUUGAACUACUCGACCUAUUGGAACGGAACGUUGAGGCCCAUCAGCGGCACUUCGAUGUCAAGCCCUCUCGUCGCUGCCAUCUUCACCUUGGUUAACGAUGCCUUGAUCGCCGCCGGAAAACCAGUGCUAGGCUUCUUGAACCCGUGGAUAUACGAGAAAGGCUACACAGCCCUGAAUGAUAUCUUGAGCGGCGCGGCACUGGGUUGCAACACGACCCAGGGUUUCCCAGCUGCUGAGGGGUGGGACGCUGUGACCGGCUAUGGUACUCCGGAUUUCCUGAAGAUCCUCGACACGUUGGGUGUGGGCGAGCAUUGGAGUGAAAAUUGA